AAACGCUGCCUUUGCACCGCAGCAUGGUGGAGCCAUGGCGCUGAGGAGUUUACUGAACCCUUUAAAAGGGACAAAUCUUUGGGUUUUACAUUCGCAAAGCGGUCUUGGUGCUUGUGCUGUUCUGAGCAGUCCUGUCCAGGUUCGGGGAUAUGCCAAGAAAGUCGCUGUUAAGGGGAAGGGGAAGGGCGUGGUAAAGGACGUGCUGAAGGGUCCAGAAGUGUGCAAAGAUCCAGUGAAGCUCACAACGCAUGCCGUAGGAGUGAACGUCUACAAACAGGGGGAAGAUCCACCACUUAAGCCUAAAGAGGAAUAUCCAGAAUGGCUGUUUCACUUGGACCUUGGUCCCAUCAAGAAGCUCAGUGAGCUGGAUCCAGAAAGUCACGAAUACUGGAAACAGUUACGGAAGGAGCACAUGUGGCGUUUCAAUAGACUGCACAAGGGCAAAAAGUUUUGAGAAACUUUUCCAAGCCCUGACCAGACCAGGGUUUGAGGACUGCUGUAGAGCCUCGUGGAGAAAAGGAACCUGCUUAACUGGGACAGGUCAUUUCAGCCCCCCGUUUAACACACUGUCAAGACCACUCGCACUUGUAAUAAACUCUUUUUGGGUUUUGUGGAUGCUUUCUCAUCAGAUUUUUCCAUUAAGUCAUAACUAGCACCCUUAAAAAAGAGGGUUCUCCGAGGGUCCUUUAGUAAGGAAAAUGGUUCUAUAUAGAACUAUGAACACUCACAAUCCUUUGCAUAAUUAAAGGGUUCUUUGCAUCCUGAAAUUGUUCUUCAGAUUGAUGGAAAAGCACCAAAAAGGAUUCUUCUAUUGUUACAAGCUUCACAUCGUAACAAUAGAGGCACCCUUUUGCUGCUAUAUAGAAACAUUCUCAAAUGGUUCUGUAUGGAGUUGUACACAACAAAUUAUCCAUGGACGAUUCUGUAUAGAACCUUUUUGAAACGGGUUAUUAUUUUGUAACAAGCUCGACAUCAUAACAAUAGAAGAACCCUUUUUGGUGCUAUAUAGAACUCUUCGAAAAGGUUCUGUAUAGAACCAUACACAACUUCUCCAUCACUCUGAAGAACAAUUUCACAAUGCAGUGAAUUCUUUAAACAUGCAAAGUGUUCAUGUUUCUAUAUAGAACCAUUUUUUUUACUAAAGAAUCUUUGAAGGACCAUCAUUUUUAAGGUGUAGGCCAAAUAUUUAGGCCUGUUCAAUGGAAACGUGCCUCAGCUCUCCUCCAGUUGGACAGAGCUUGACUGUUGACCAAAUUCUCUGGCUAACUGCCACGUCCUGCUUCAUGAAAUCCCCCCUGGCUCUGUUAGGCUUGUGGGGCUGGCCUUUGUGGAUUGACAUUUAGGCCUCCUGCUUUGUGUAUCAUUUCACUGUGUUAUUUUGGGCUGUGGGGCAGUGGUCUUCCACCUGCAGACUUGUAGACCACCUAGAUUGUUUGCUAAUUGUGAGCUGCACUCAGGUGCAGGUGGACUACAGGACCGCACUUGGAAAACUACUGUUGGAAAUAUUGUCACUUCUUACGUGAGGUAUUGUUGAAAUAUGUUCAGUGUUUUAUUUCUAAAUAAAUAUCUCAAACAUAUUUAUCAGGCUACUGCAGAAGUGCUUAAUGCUUGAUGUGGAUUAAAUUUUGAUUUAAAAAAUUCACUACUUUUUGUAAUUCAGUCACUGAGAUGUAAAGAAAUUCAUUCAGAGUGGUUUAUUGUGGAGAAGCUUACAGACUCUGGUUUCUUUACAGUGGUGGUGAUAGGAACCGGGGGUCACAAUGUGUACAACACAAGUAUAGCCAUUUUAUUUACUUCUAAGUUUUUAUAUGUAAAAGCUGAUGAUGGUCAAAUGGUAAUCAGUCUGACUAGGAAAUAAAGUUAGGCCAAAACGUGGUCUCAAAACUUUGGAAAAACGAUGUAUUAGGCAGCCUGUUUGUAAACAUUUCAUGUCAUUUCAUGUCAUUUCAUGUCAACAUUUCAUUCAAUGCUUCAGACGUCUGGUUCCUAUCACCACCACUAUGAGUAAUUCUGACUCUGAAGGGUUCCUAAAAAUGGAACCUUUCACAUCAAAUUUUAAUCAUGUCAGUAUUUAAUUAAAAUUGUGGAAAAUUAGUGGAAUUUCCCCUUUAACUGAAUAUUAGCAGAAUGUGUUACUUCACAUUUAAGCUGCUAUUCUUCACUUACGUUCUUAGUAUAAAUGAAUGUUUAUAUUAAGUUAAGGUUUUUUUUCCAUCUUUAUGUUUAUUAUAGAAAGGAUUUUAUUUUAUUUUAUUCCUUUGCCUGUUUACCUUUUCACACUGAUUCAUCAUAUUUUUCUGGGCUGUGAGUCACAUCACUUCUUUUCAGUGUUCUCUUUUACUACAGAUCAGUGAUAUUACAAAGUCUGAUUCAUCUCAGGCCGAGUUUCUGUAUUUCGCUCCCUUCUUGCCUUUUACUGCACUAUUUCCGGUUUCAUGGAAUUCCCCUCCUGCUCUGAUAAAUGAUUCAAAUUAUUAGCUGUUAUUAGUGGCUCAUAUUUCAUUCAGUAUUUUCAAAGGUUGCUCCUACCAAAGUCCACAUUUUACCGGGUUCCUUUUUUUCUUUUUGGGUUUUUAAGUCACAGUGUAGGAUUUCAACUCCUGCAAGUAAAAACUUUGGGAUAAAACUUUGAUUGGUAUGAACUUAAUUGAUGUCUAAUUAGUGGAAAGUGAAUUGUUAUUAUGUUAUUGUAAAAAAUGUUCUUACAUGUAAAACAAAGUGUGCAGUGUAGUAGGGGAACGCCAGGGGCUGCUUGCAUAAAACAUCUUAAGUUGUUUAUCUUAAGUCACUCCUUGUGGAUAAGAGAUCAUUAAAGGCUACAACAGGCAUUUAA